AUCUUUUUCUCCUCCGCCUCUGCCUGCGUUCCCGUCCCCCGCUCCCUGCCUUUCCCCUCCUCCACCUCCGCCUCCUUCCCCCUCUCCGUCCUCAUGCUUCUUCCCUUCCUCCGCUUCCUCGUUUUUGUCGUUUUACUCGUUGUCGCCUUUGUCUUCCCUGACAUGCACCUCCGUAACUGUUUGAGCUCAAGCCUGACAAGUCCGCCCAGUUCCAUAUUACGAUCCAUCACACCGUGCUGCCUUCAAGCCGACCAGUGAAUCAACGAUGGCGGAGACUACCAGCGGCGGCUUCUCUCUUGCCCAGGUGCUGAAGACGUUGGCGUUGUGCACAGGCUACAUCGCGCUGAGCGGUGGUCUCAUCAACUUCAACAAGUACCUGAUGCACAAGGGGCGCUUCCCGCACCCGAUGUUCCUAACGGCCAUGCACAUGUCCGCCAGCCUGCUGCUGACCUCGCUGGUGCUGCUGGUGCGGCCGUCUGCCAUGCCCAGCGUGGAGGCGUGCAAGGGGAGGUUAGCGAAGCUUUACAAGUAUCUGGCGCCCAUCGGCUUCCUCUUUGCGAUCAUGCUGUACGGCUCCAACAGGGCCUACCUGUAUUGCAGCGUCGCGUUCCUGCAGUUCAUGAAGGAGGCGAACGUCGUGCUCGUUUUCACCUUCUCCGCGCUGGCAGGGCUGCAGUUCUUCAACCGCCAGCGCGUCGUCGUGAUCGCUUGGGUCAUCUUGGGCUCCUCCCUCUGCGUUCACGGGGAGCUGAAUUUCGUGUUCGUCGGCUUCAUGUUGCAGGGCGUGUCUCAGUUUGCUGAGUGCGCGAGGGCUGUCGUCGCCGAGCUCGUGCUCACGGGCAGCGAGUUCAAGCUGGACCCCCUCAGCUACACUUUCUUCAUGGCCCCCGUGUGCCUGCUCGUUCUCGGCAUCGGAAACGCCAUCACGUGGGACCACUCUGUCAUCACCGACUUGGCAGUAUGGUGGCCUUACCUCAUCCCGAACGCCUGCAUCGCGUUCUGCCUCAAUGUGAUGAUCGCCCAGGUGAUCAAGGAGACCUCGGCGGUGGGGUUCAUCAUUACUGGAGUGGUGAAGGACAUUGCCCUGGUCGUCUUCUCCUCUGUGUUUUUUCACGAUUCGAUCACCGCUAGCCAGUGGCUCUCCUUCACAGUCACGCUCAGCGGGGUCUUCUUCUGGUCGUUCAUGAAGGUCUUCCCAGAUCACCCUGCGGUGAAGACCUUCGAGACGAUGUUGGGAAUUGGCUACGGCCCGUUCCCAGGCGCUCCGCUGGGCAAGACGCAGAUCGACAGCGAGGCCACGCCGCUGGUUGGGGAGAAGAAGGUCUGAUUGGUUCUGUGACUGCCGACGGAAUGCAGACGCUCGUUGCCGCCCCGCAUCCUCGUCCUCUUUACCUGGCACGUCUUCGCUGUCGUCUCCAGCGCUUGUGGUGGCCGCGCGGUUCACAUUCAGCGCGCCACGAAAAUGAACCCGACAGAUAAUGGCAGACUUUGAGAGGGAUGACGGCCGCGAGAAGGAUCCCCCUCCCCCCGUCCUUUCGUCCUUCUCCCUUCCCCUGGUCCUCCCUCGUGUUGGCCAAGCUGCCCCCUUGCUGCAGCUGCACUCGCUUCUCCCCGGCUCCUCGAAGUUUGUGGCCUGUGA